UCAAAGGGUCACAACUCACCUAGUCGGCAACCAAUUUAAAAUUUGCAAUAACUUAGAAAAAUCUCCACAGAACAAUCCAAGAAAUAAGUCUGAAACAUGGGAUUGGGAUAGUAAAGGUGAAAAUUAAAAGAAAAAAAAUAUUAAACAGCAGAUCCUAGCCACUAGAAAAAACAAAAGAAGUGGGGCAGUGGAACUGAGAAUUUACUUGAAGAUAAAGAGUAAAGAGACGUGAAGAUGUGAUUCGUUUAGUCCAUAAAGGUUUGUUGUAACCUCCCACCAUUGACGCGUCUUCCUACUUAUUUUCAUGAGAUUUCAUUGUGUGCCUUGCUGCAGCCUCAAGUCUCCAGAAGACGAUACCAGGUGCUCCAAUGGCUUCUAAUCUUCUAGACAACCCUUCAGAUCUCCUUCCCCUACAUGCCCUUCCGCUCAACACUAAACUUAAUCAACUCUUUUAACGCCACAUUAGAAUAUCCUCUAUCCUCUAUCCCAAGCAACUGAAUUGUAGUCAUCUAAUGGAAUUCUUCAAAAUCAGCAUGUCCUCUGUCCUUUACUGGAUUCCCUUACAUUACACAUCUUUGCAAAGCCUUGUUCAAACAACAAUAUUGAAAACCAUGAGAUUUCAGUAGCAUCAGAGCCGAAAAAUUGUUAAAUUUUAUUGUGUAGAAAAAGAAAGUACGAGUAAUAUAUAGGGAGAGACUGUCAUGGAGGAGAGGCAUAUUUUGUUUGGGAAAUAUGAGAUUGGGAGACUGCUUGGGAAAGGCACUUUCGCAAAGGUUUACUAUGGGAAGGAAUUAACAUCCGGUGAAAACGUGGCGGUAAAAGUCAUCAGCAAAGAUCAGGUGAAGAAAGAAGGCAUGAUGGAGCAGAUCAAGAGAGAAAUCUCUGUCAUGCGCCUUGUUAGACAUCCAAAUAUAGUGGAGCUCAAAGAAGUCAUGGCUACAAAAACAAAGAUCUUCUUUGUUAUGGAGUAUGUCCGUGGGGGUGAACUAUUUGCUAAAGUUGUUGAAGGCAAACUCAAAGAAGACGUUGCUCGUAAGUACUUUCAACAACUGAUAAGUGCAGUCGAUUUUUGCCAUAGCAGAGGUGUCUCACACCGAGAUUUGAAGCCUGAGAACCUUCUUUUGGACGAGAAUGAAGAUCUAAAGAUCUCUGAUUUUGGCUUGUCAGCUUUGCCUGAGCAGCUUCUCAAUGAUGGGCUCCUCCACACGCAGUGUGGUACUCCAGCUUACGUUGCUCCAGAGGUUUUGAGGAAAAUGGGCUACGAUGGAUCCAAAGCAGAUACUUGGUCUUGUGGGGUUAUCUUGUAUGUUCUUCUUGCAGGUUUCUUGCCUUUUCAAGAUGAGAAUAUGAUGAAGAUGUACAGGAAAGUUUUCAAAGCUGAAUUUGAGUUUCCACCCUGGUUUUCAACAGAAUCAAAGCGCUUGAUCUCAAAACUACUCGUGGCAGACCCUGAAAGAAGGAUCACAAUUCCAGCCAUAAUGUGUAUUCCUUGGUUUAGAAAAGGAUUUACACGCCCCCUUGCGUUUUCAAUCGAAGAACCCAUAUCAGAUAAUAUAGAGGAUGAUGAUUCUGCCUCCAAGACUAACAAACUAUCCUCUCCGAAAUUCUUUAACGCGUUUGAGUUCAUUUCCUCCAUGUCGUCAGGAUUUGAUUUGUCAAGUUUGUUUGAGAACAAGAGGAAAUCGAGGACAAUGUUCACGUCAAGAUGUUCAGCUAGUGCCAUAUUGUCUAAAAUUGAAGGUGUUGCAAAGGGGUUGAACUUUAGGGUGGGGAAAGUCAAGGACUUCAAGAUGAGAUUACAAGGGUCAUCCGAGGGAAGGAAAGGGCGGCUGUCGGUGAAGGCAGAGGUGUUUGAGGUGGCACCAGAGGUUGCAGUAGUCGAGUUCUCCAAGUCUGCCGGGGACACCUUGGAGUAUGUUAAGUUUUGCGAGGAAGAUGUCAGGCCUGCAUUGAAAGACAUUGUUUGGACAUGGCAAGGUGACAGUUUCAACAAUUGUACCAACGUUAAAAUUGAGGGAGAAGAAUACGAAAAGCAAGUGUCACAGAGAGCCUAACCCUAAGUAAAAAUAGGAAAAUUUUCCUUGUUUACCUUUUUUUUUGAGUCUUCCUUUUUGGAAAGAUAGGUUUGAGGAUGAGAAUUUGUAAGUACGUACUCUCUGAUUAGUACAUUAAUGUAUGGCUUUGGAUUUUGCAAACAGAUGAUAGAUAUUGGCAAUGGAGAGUUGGAUGAGAAAUUCUUUUAAACUUUUUUU